AGCUUAUAGUCCUCCUGGCCCGCACAGCACCGGUCGUUGUGUCAGAAACAUGGCGACUUUCAGUAAAUACUUGACGGCUAAGAACUCCUCCGUGGCGGUCGGUGCUCUGCUGGUCCUCUACCUCCUGAAGAACCGCAGUCGGAAGGCCAAGCCGGGCAGUGGGAAGCGAGACUCGGAGCUGGUGUUGUCCUCAGAGAAAGAUGGAAGGAAAGACAGAGCAGCAGUGGACAGAGUCUUCGUUGGCCGGAUCCUGCGGAUCUUGAGAGUCCUGGUCCCCCGAGUCUUCUGCAUGGAGACCGCCUACCUGGUGCUCAUCGCCAGCAUGCUGGUGGCCCGGACCUACUGCGACGUGUGGAUGAUCCAGAACGGCACCAUGAUCGAGAGUGCAAUUAUCGGUCGCUCGACCAGAGAUUUCAAGAUCUGCUUGUUCAGCUUUGUCAAAUUCAUGCCUCUUAUUGCCUUGGUCAACAACUUCCUGAAGUUUGGCCUCAACGAGCUGAAGCUGCGCUUCCGGACGAAGCUGACGAAGAGCCUGUAUGACCAGUACCUCCAAGGUUACACCUACUACAAGAUGGGCAACCUGGACAAUCGGAUAGCCAACGCAGACCAGCUGCUCACUCAGGAUGUGGAGAAGUUCUGUAACAGUGUCGUGGAUCUUUACUCCAACAUCAGCAAGCCUCUGCUGGACAUCGGCCUCUACAUCUUCAAGCUGACCAGUGCCAUUGGCGCUCAGGGCCCCGCCAUCAUGAUGUCCUACCUGCUGAUCUCAGGCCUGUUCCUGACCAGACUGAGGCGGCCCAUCGGCAGGAUGACGGUCACCGAGCAGCGCUACGAGGGAGAAUACCGCUACGUCAACUCCCGCCUCAUCACCAACAGCGAGGAGAUCGCCUUCUACAACGGGAACCAGAGGGAGAAGCAGACCAUUCACGCCACCUUCAAGAGACUGGUCGACCACUUGCACAGCUUCAUCUUCUUCCGUUUCUCCAUGGGCUUUGUGGACAGCAUCAUAGCCAAGUACGUGGCCACCGUGGUGGGGUAUCUGGUGGUCAGCCGGCCAUUUCUAGACCUGUCACACCCUCGACACCUGCACAGCACACACUCUGAACUGCUGGAGGAUUACUACCAGAGCGGCAGGAUGCUGCUGAGGAUGUCCCAGGCUCUGGGCAGGAUCGUGCUGGCUGGCAGGGAGAUGAGUCGUCUCUCAGGAUUCACAGCCCGGAUCACUGAACUGAUGAAGGUCCUGAAGGAGCUGAAUGCUGGGAAGUACGAGCGGACCAUGGUGUCCCUGCAGGACAGAGACGCCGACACGGCAGAGAAGCUGGUUCCUGGGAACGGCCGGAUCAUCAACAGAGACAACAUCAUCAAAUUCGAGCAUACUCCCCUGGCAACGCCGAACGGCGACAUCCUGAUCAGAGACCUGAGCUUUGAGGUGAGCUCUGGUACCAACGUCCUGGUGUGUGGACCCAACGGCUGUGGGAAGAGCUCCCUGUUCAGAGUCCUGGGAGAGCUCUGGCCUCUGUUCGGCGGGUCGCUGACCAAACCUGAGAGGGGGAAGCUCUUCUACGUGCCACAGAGACCUUACAUGACUCUGGGAACUCUGAGGGACCAAGUCAUCUAUCCUGAUACCUAUGAAGACCAAAAGAGGAAAGGCAUAUCUGACCAGGUGUUGAAAGAGUACCUGGACAACGUUCAGCUGGGUCACAUCCUGGACAGGGAGGGCAGCUGGGACAUGGUCCAGGACUGGAUGGACGUGCUGAGUGGAGGAGAGAAGCAGAGGAUGGCUAUGGCCCGGCUGUUCUACCACAAGCCCCAGUUCGCCAUCCUGGACGAGUGCACCAGUGCAGUGAGUGUGGACGUGGAGGACUACAUCUACAGCCACUGCCGGACGGUGGGGAUCACCCUGUUCACAGUGUCUCACAGAAAGUCCCUGUGGAAACACCACGAGGUCUACCUCCACAUGGACGGCAGGGGAAACUACGAGUUCAAGCCCAUCACAGAGGAAACCGUCCAGUUUGGGUCCUAGACCCGAGCGGAGCUCUGCUCAGACGACUCGCACUGCUUGAUUGAAACUAGUCCAUUAAUUCUUUUGCACUGGAGGAUUGAGCUGAGUCGGCAGCACAGCUUGUUUCUAAUCAUUGGUAGCUCUCAGCCGUCUGUCCUGACUAGUUAUUGAUUCCACAAAUCGUCGUGUCUUGUUUUUUACUGUGGGGGUGAGUGAGUGGUUUGGGAGGUGGAGUGCUGUUGUCUGCGCUCGCCUCAUGUUUGACCUGAGACGACCCUGGGAGCUGAGUGGACUCUCUGGACUGUCCUCCUGCUCACAGUCAGCCCAUGAAGCCCCACGUGGUCCCACGGGGACGGACGGCGGAGAGCUGAUGAGCCAACCACGCUGUGACGCUGCUGAGAGUCCGUCCUCCAAAUGUCCCCCCCCCCCCGGACAGAACGUCCACCCCUCUGGACAGAAUGUCCCCCCCUCUGGACAGAACGUCCACCCCCCCCCCCCCCCCCCCCCCCCUGGACAGAACGUCCACCCCCCCCUCCUCCAGAAGACAGAGCGUUCCCUCUGAGCCUGCAGUCAGUCCAGCAGGUCCUCGGCUCCCAGGUGUUGACGGAUGAGUGAGUGAACACUGAUUAACUCUUAUGGCUCUGAAGGUGAGAUCAAGGUCCAGAGAGGAGUGCUGCUCACUCUACCGAGUGCUGCUCACUCUACCGAGUGCUGCUCACUCUACCGAGUGCUGCUCACUCUACCGAGUGCUGCUCACUCUGCUCACGGUGAACCCUCUGGACCAGGUCCAGGUCAAACGGCUAGCGGUCCCCGGCGUGCUAACUUCUGGUGUGUUGAGGGGAGGGUGGUGGAUUUCUACACUAAGGAAACGUCUCAUCUCACUCGGUAUUAAAGAAAUAAACUCUUCCAA